CUCCCUACCCAUCCCUUCCGGUUCUGAACGACAAGAAUUAUUUGCAGCUGUUGUUAGUUUUUUCGUAGAAUAUUUAUUAACUAAAAAUCAUUUUAAAAAUGGCCGUAGGCGAUCUUAAAACUGAAAAAGGUGUCAAGGAUUUAGACUCAUACCUGGUUGAUCGUAGUUAUAUCGAAGGUUAUCAACCAACUCAGGCUGAUGUUGCAGUUUUUGAAGCUUUGGGAAAAUCACCAAAUCCCGCAAAUGCACAUGUUUUGAGGUGGUACAAUCACAUCAAAUCUUAUGACUUUAAGUCACUACCAGGUGAGAAGAAGGCACCAACAAUUUUAGGAAGUAAUACCACAGCAGCUGAAAAGCCAGCGGCCGAAGAUGACGAUGUCGAUCUAUUUGGUUCUGAUGAAGAGGAAGACGAAGAGACAGUGAGAAUUCGAGAGGAGAGACUGAAGGCAUACGCCGAAAAGAAAUCCAAGAAAGCGGCAAUUAUUGCCAAAUCCAGUAUCGUUAUUGACGUAAAACCUUGGGGUGAUGAAACUAAUAUGGAAGAAAUGGAGAAAGCUGUUAGAUCCAUCGAAAUGGACGGAUUAAUUUGGGGUGCAUCAAAAUUCGUACCAGUUGGUUAUGGCAUUAGAAAGUUGCAGAUCAUGUGUGUUGUUGAGGACGACAAAGUAUCUGUAGAUUUACUUGUUGAACAAAUACAAGACUUUGAAGAUUACGUUCAAUCCGUCGACAUUGCAGCAUUCAACAAAAUUUAAACAAGUUCUUUUUUUUUACUUUUCUGUCGUAUAAAUAAAUAUUAAUGAUUGUUUGUAA